AUGAAGCAAUGCGAGCUCUGCGACAGGGCGGCGAGGAUGUACUGCGAGGCGGACCAGGCGAGCUUAUGCUGGGAGUGCGACGGGAAGGUUCACGGGGCGAACUUCCUGGUGGCUCGGCACUCGCGGAGCCUCCUGUGUAGGUCGUGCCAGGCGCCGACGCCGUGGAAGGCCUCGGGGUCGCGCCUAGGGCACACCGUCUCCGUCUGCGAGCGGUGCUCGGCCUGCAGUUGCGUCUCCGGCGGGGAGAAGAUGGGGAACGGAUGCGGUGGAGAUCGCAUCGGUGGCUCCGGCGAAGAGGAGGAAGUGGAUGGCGAGGAGAGCAACGGUGAAGACGACGAUGAGGAGGAGGAGUCGGAUGAUGAAGAGGAGGAGGAGGAGGAGGGAGAGGGGGAUAACCAGGUGGUUCCGUGGUCCACGGAGCCGGAUACGACCUGCAGAGCGACGACACCGCCGCCGAUACCGAGCUGCUCGAGUAGCGGCGAAUCCUCUUCGGGACGGGCGGCGAAUCCUCUCCGAUGUGGAUUCUCCAAGCGGGCGGCGGAGACUGCUAAUUCGUCUUCCUCACAAGUAAGAAACAUCCUCUUCCUCUGA